AGAACAGAUAUUGGCUGAAGGUUGAAGCGCAUGUUAAAUUAGCAUAUCUUAUCCACAGUUAUCAUAUCUUUACAUAUUAAUGAAUAUUUCGCUGAAUUAACCACUUACAGACGUUGAAAUACACUUUAACUUAGUUUGGGGUUAAAUUAAUCUAUAAAAAUAUCUGCCGACUUUUAAUUUUACUUCAGAAAUACAAAAAUCUUUCAAUACAUCUAUAAAUUAUUCAAGAUGUCUACAAAACAUUUAUCAGCCGGUUCCUUAGAGCCUCCAAGAACUGAGGGCCUUCUCAGGGUCUAUUCUAUGAAAUUCUGUCCUUUUGCCCAACGAGCUUUAUUAGUCUUGAAAGCGAAAAACAUUCCACAUGAUGUUGUAAAUCUUAAUUUGGUCAGAAGACCAGAGUGGUACAGCAAAAUUAAUCCAAAAACAUUAGUACCAGCUAUUCUUGAUGGUGAUAAAAUUGUGGUAGAAAGCCUGGAUAUUGCUGACUAUCUAGAUGAAAAGUACCCUGAAAACCCACUCUAUCCUGCAGAUCCUGCAGCCAAGCAGCAGGUUAAGGAUAUUAUUAACAAGGCAGGUGGUCCACAAGCGGUUUUUAUAAAAAUAUUAUUAGGAAAGGAAGAACAUUCAGCAGAAGAAUGGGCUAAAUUGAUGCUUGAAGCUCUUCAACCUUUGGAAGAAGUACUUUCACAGAGGAGAACACCUUUCUUUGGUGGAGAUAAACCUGGCAUGGCUGAUUACAUGAUUUGGCCAUGGGCAGAGAGAGCAGGGUGUAUAGGAAUUAAAUUACAACAGAAACUUCCUUUGAAAGACUCAGACAUUCCACUUUUAAGGAAAUGGAGAAAAGAUAUGAUGAAUGAACCAGUUUGCAAGGAGUUAUAUAUUAGUGGUGAGAGGUUUUGGAUAAUUGCAAAAGCAAAAAUUGAUGGUGUAGAACCAGCUUAUGAUGAAGUAUAAAAUGGAUUCUUAAAUCGACGGAAGUCAUAUAAAUUACAUGCAAAAAUUUUCAAAUGAACUGAUAGAAUAUACUGUUACUCUGAUGUUUUAUACCGUACGCUUACCAAAUUCACUUAAUGUUGCCUGCACCCUGUACCUAGUAAAGCUGAAGACAAUAAAUAUUACAGCUUUUUGAUGUG